UCAAACAAAAUGAUGUUUUGUGGUUGUUGACUUGUUGUUCGGAAUGAAAAAUACUGAAUAAGUGCAAAAUAUUGACUCAAAUAAUAGAUAUUUCACAUAAAUAUGGCAGAUUCUAUUGCUGGGCAAAGGGCCAAGCGGCAGAAAGUUGAUAAACAUGGUCGUAUGUCGGCGCUAGAAAAGCUAAAAGCUCUCAAAGGCAAGGGGACCAAACACAAAUAUGAUGUAGACGAAGUUGAGAACGUUUACGAAACUGUAGAUGAGAGGGAAUACACCGAGCGUGUCCUUCAGCGUCAAGAAGACGACUGGAUUGAAGACGAUGAUGGUACUGGCUAUGUCGAAGAUGGUCGAGAAAUAUUUGAUGAUGAUGAGAUUGAAGACACCUAUGUUGCGGUCAAUAAAGAGUCAGGACGGGGCCAGAAGAGAAAAGCCAAGUUAGCAGCCCCGUCUGGUGCCAAGGGCAAUAUAAGGAACCUGUUAGGAGCUAUGCCAGCUAAAAAGAAAGAGGAGGUUAAAAUAUCAGAUGAUAACAUUUUGUCAGACAUCAUGUCUGAUUUAGAUGGUACCGCACCAACUAUCAAACCAAAGCCCCUGGUGCCUACCAAAACCAAUACACUCACAUCUAGCAAGAAAGAAGCACAAAAUUACUUCAAGAGCCUGUCCUCUUCUGUAAAGAAACCCACAGCAGUCACAAGUACUAGUACUAGCAAGGAUAGUGCACCAGUUGUCAAGUCUGAAGAAGUUGCUACAAGUUCCAAAGAAGACAGUAAACCAUUAACUGACAAUAAAAUCACCACUGACAUACCAAAACUAACUGAAGAUAAACCUGCACCAAAGAAACCUGCAUGGAAAAUAGACAAAGAGAUCAAGCAGGAAAUAGAGGAUUCUGCUACACAACACAUAGAGGAGUUCACAUCCCAAGACAUUGAUUUUGAUGAUGACUUCAGCAAUGAUGCUCCAGCUGUAAAAGCCCCAGAGGUCAAAGAAGAAGCGCCUUCUGCUUCUGGCGCAACCAUCAAUGAUGUAGCUGAUGAGUUCUUGAAUGAAGAUUUUGAUAUAUUCCCAGCACCAAAGAAAGAGUCUCCUAAAGAACUCAAACCUUUAUCCAGUACUUGGUCAGAACAGAUGAAUGAGAAUCAAGCCUCAGCUUCAAUCCAAACUGAUGGUCAACUGCCACUACAGACCAAUGAGAAUGGAGAUAAGGUUCUGAGGUUCUACUGGCUGGAUGCUUGGGAGGACCGCUUUGUGAAACCAGGAGUGGUGUACCUGUUUGGCAAAGUAUAUGUGAAUCCUUCCAACAAAAAGGAAGGGUGUCUUUCAUGCUGUGUUGUGGUGAAGAAUGUCAAUAGACAGCUGUUUUUGCUGCCAAGGGAAUAUAAAUUGGAUCCAAUUACGCUGGAUGCAACAGAUCAAGAAGUGACGAUGAUGGAUGUGUAUGAAGAGUUCAACAGUAGUGUGGCCAGUGAGCUGGGCCUAAAGGAGUUUAAAUCCAGGAAAGUCACUAAAAACUAUUCCUUCAACUUGCCGGACAUACCAGCUCAAUCUGAUUAUUUGGAAGUCAGAUAUUCUGCUUCAAUAGGACCACCACCAACAGGCAAAAAGUAUCUUACAUUUUCCCACAUAUUUGGCGGGAACACAUCAUCCUUAGAGACUUUCCUGCUUGAAAGGAAGAUCAAAGGCCCGUGCUGGUUGGAAAUCAAGCAGCCCGACAAUGUUAUGGCUAAAGUGUCCUGGUGCAAGCUGGAGGCGGCGUGUGAGAAGAUGGAACACAUCUCAGUCCUCAGAAGCGACACUAAUCUGGAACCGCCUCCUGUUGUGGUGGCCACGUUGAACAUGAGAACUACAACAGACCCCAAGACUAGGAAGACAAAAAUAUUGAUGCUGAGUUGUUUAGUACACAACAACUUCCCAAUCCAUAAGCCACCACCAAAUCCUCCUUUCCAGCAACACUUCUGCAUUAUGACAAAAUGCAAUGAAAUCUGGCCUCUUGACUUGAAACAAACUCUCGCGCAAUACAAAGCCACCAAACUAACCAAAUGCGACACAGAAAGAGAGCUGCUGAAUUACUUCAUGGUACAGUUCUGGAAAUUGGACCCUGACUUAGUAAUUGGACACGAUUUGCAAGGAUUCCAACAGGAUUUACUUAUAGGCAAUAUCUUGGACCUUCAUAUCCCCAACUGGUCGCGGUUAGGUCGCCUCAAGAGAUCAGUUGCUCCACAAAGAAAAUACGCUGCAAAAGACGCUUUUCUAGGAAGACUUGUAUGCGAUAUUAAACUGUCAGCAAUGGAGCUUAUUAGGGCAAGAAGUUUCGAUCUGGAAACUUUAUGUACAGAUGUGCUGAAAAUGAAAGAGGGUGAACGCGUCGACGUAGCGUUGGAAGACCUGCCCCGUUACUACGAAAACAGCAGAGACUUGCUUCAACUCGUCUCCUUAAGCAUGCAAGACGCAUCUUACAUACUCAAAAUAAUGUGUGAACUAAACGUGAUACCUUUGGCUCUUCAAAUAACACAAAUCGCGGGUAACGUAAUGUCUCGAACUUUAAUGGGAGGGCGAUCAGAAAGAAAUGAAUUCUUGUUACUCCAUGCCUUCACGGAGAAAAGUUAUAUCGUCCCCGAUAAAGUUUAUGGGAGAAAGCAGGUGGAUGCCGAUGAUGACGACGAAAAAGACGAGGCGACUGCAAAUAAUGUUUCAAAGAAACAGGGAAAGAAGAAAGCAGCUUACUCUGGAGGUUUAGUUUUGGAUCCAAAGAAAGGCUUCUAUGAUAAAUUAAUAUUACUUAUGGAUUUCAACUCAUUGUAUCCUAGCAUUAUUCAAGAGUAUAAUAUCUGCUUCACAACUAUCAAGAGAAAAAGUACCACGGCCUCUGAUGAUGACGUAGCUAAUUUGGUUCUACCUGGUUCUGGUACUGAAUUUGGUGUAUUGCCUACUCAAAUUAGGAAACUAGUCGAGAGUCGUAGAGAGGUCAAGAAAUUGAUGAAGUCGCCGGAUCUGCCGCCAGAGCAGUACAUGCAGUACAACAUACGGCAAAUGGCUCUAAAACUAACCGCCAACUCUAUGUACGGUUGUCUCGGUUUCACACAUUCAAGAUUCUAUGCCAAGCCCCUUGCUGCAUUGGUCACGAUGAAGGGCAGAGAAAUUCUGAUGGAUACCAAAGAUAUCGUACAAAAAUUGAAUUAUGAUGUCGUCUACGGCGACACAGACAGUUUGAUGAUCAACACGAACUGUUUGGACUACGAUUCCGUCUUCAAAAUCGGUAACGACUUGAAAAGGGAAAUCAAUAAAAAAUACAAACAAAUCGAGCUGGAUAUUGACGGAGUUUUUAGAUAUCUGCUGCUUUUGAAGAAAAAGAAAUAUGCGGCCGUGCUCAUAAGCAGAAACAAGAGCGGAGAGUUUGUAUUUCAGCAAGAACAUAAAGGGUUGGACAUCGUGCGUCGUGAUUGGUCGCAGCUCGCCGCCGAAGCUGGAAAGUUUAUCUUGAGUCAAAUUCUCUCCGAACAAUCUGCAGAUGAAAGACUUGAAAGCAUACAAUCGCAUCUGAACAAACUGAAAGACGAUCUGGUAAAUAACAAAAUUCCACUAUCACUGUUAACAAUUACAAAGCAAUUGACUAAACAUCCAAAUGAGUAUGCGGAUAAACAUUCACAGCCCCACGUCUUAGUAGCCCUGAGACUGAACAGCAAAAACAGUAGAAGAUUCAAGAAAGGGGACAUCGUUCCUUACAUCAUUUGUGAAGACGGUACCGAAAAGUCGGCUACGCAGCGAGCCUACCACAUAGAAGAAUUAAAAAGUAUGGAAAAUCUAAAAAUUGACUACAAAUACUAUCUGGCGCAUCAAUUGCAUCCCGUCAUAUCGAGGAUAUGCGAGCCGAUCGAGGGUAUGGACCCGGCACGUGUAGCGGACUGUCUCGGCCUGGACCCGUCCGGGUACAAACACAUAAUUAAAAAGGAGAACCAGAAUUCAGAGACAUUUGAAAUCGAGAAUGAGCACGAGAAGUACAGGCACUGCAAGGAAUUCACGUUCAUUUGCGUGAAUGAAAAAUGUAAAACGACGAACAAGAUAAGGGAAGCGAUAGUGAAGUUGGAUAAAGAGAGCGUGACGUUUCUGGACAAGUGCCAGAACGAUAAAUGUGCGGUGAGACCUGUAGAAUACUUGGCGUGUAUUCAGAACCAGCUGACGCUGCAGCUGCGGGAAUAUCACAGCACGUACUAUGCUGGCUGGCUGUCUUGCGAGGACCCGGCGUGCGGCCACCGCUCGGCGCGCCUGCCGCAGGCCUUCGCGGGCGGGUACCCGCUGUGCCGCGCCUGCGAGAAAGGCGUCAUGUUCCGAGAGUACACGGAGAAGGACCUGUACUUGCAGAUCAACUUCUUCUUGUAUCUGUUCGACCUGAAUAAACAUUCGAACAAUUCAAAACUUCGACCGAGUCCCCAAAUAACAUCAGCGUUCCUAACCCUCAAGGAUGUAGUGGAAGAUUGGCUGUCCCACUCUGCGUACUCAAUAAUCAACCUCUCAAAACUCUUCAGAUUCUUCUCCCUGGACUCUAAAGCUGGGGACAAGCUGAAGUCUGAACCGAUCGAAAUCGAUAUUCUGCCCGAGACUGAACAAAUAGAUGCUCUGCUGGAAAUGGGCACUUACUAAUUUAACUCCUGCGUCAAUCAUGUAUUUUAUUAUAAAGAUAGCUACUAUAUUUUAAUAAAAUUAAGGAAUUAAAUGUAUUGAAAAG